AUGCUGCUCACUAUCUACUGUGUACGGAGGGACCUCUCCGAAGCCACCUUCUCCCUCCAGGUCAGCCCUGACUUUGAGCUCCACAACUUCCGUGUCCUCUGUGAGCUUGAGUCCGGCAUCCCCGCCGAGGAGAUCCAGAUUGUCUACACGGAGCGACUCCUUGCCGACGACCACUGUUCGUUGGGCUCCUAUGGUCUCAAAGAUGGCGAUGUGGUCGUUUUACUCCAGAAGGAGAAUGUGGGGCCCCGGCCUCCGGGCCAGACAUCCAGCCUGCCUCAGAGCGAUUUCACCGGGACAGCCAUGCCUGGGACAUCCAGCUCCCGGCAGCACCACCAGCACCAGCACCAGCGGGCACAGUCGGCCCAGCAGUCCUGUGACCUGGACUCUGGAAAGAAGAUGACCUCUGCUCAAGGGCUGGACAGCCCCGCCCUGAUCCAAAGAAAGCUGCUUUCCAACCCCCACCAUCUGUCCCUGCUGAAGGAAUGCAAUCCUGCCUUGGCCAAAGCACUGCUCAAAAGAAACCUGGAGACCUUUCAGGUCCUGAUGGAGCAGCAAAGGGAAAGGUCCUUGAGAGAGCAAGAGAGACUUAACCUCUAUUCUGCCAACCCGUUUGAUUUGGAAGCUCAGGCCAAAAUAGAGGAAGAGAUCCGGCAGCAGAACAUUGAGGAGAACAUGAAUAUAGCGAUGGAAGAGGCUCCAGAGAGUUUUGGACAAGUGGCCAUGCUCUACAUCAACUGCAAAGUGAACGGACAUCCUUUGAAGGCUUUUGUUGACUCAGGUGCCCAAAUAACCAUUAUGAGCCAAGCUUGUGCCGAGAGAUGUAAUAUCAUACGGCUGGUGGACCGACGAUGGGCUGGGAUUGCUAAAGGUGUGGGCACGCAGAGAAUUAUUGGCCGAGUUCACCUAGCUCAGAUUCAAAUCGAAGGUGAUUUCUUACAAUGCUCUUUCUCUGUACUUGAGGAGCAGCCCAUGGACAUGCUUCUAAGGCUAGAUAUGCUCAAGAGACAUCAAUGUUCCAUUGACCUGAAAAAAAAUGUGCUGGUGAUUGGCACGACUGGCAUACAGACUUACUUUCUUCCUGAGGGAGAGUUACCUCCAUGUGCUAAGUUGGUAAGUGAAACUGGGCAAGAUGAGUCUUCAGACAAGGAAAUAGCAGAUAGUAUUAAACAUUCAGUCAUGGAUUCAGGACGAAAAAAUCAUUGA